GGGCUAUAACGGUACAAACGCUUCAUAUAUACAUACAGUCAUUGGACAGACGAUAGCAAGAAUAACGCUGCUGUAUUUUGAGAGCAAAACAAGUAUCUAUACAUUUGCAUUCUGCAUUAGUUCAUUCUGUCAAAUUGAAUCUGAGGGAGAAAAAAACAUGUUCUACACAUGUGGUCCAAAUGAGGCUAUGGUGGUGUCAGGGCUCUGCCGUUCUCCUCCAGUAAUGAUUUCUGGAGGCAGAGUGUUUGUGCUUCCCUGUGUUCAGAAGAUCCAGAGGAUCUCCCUGAACACUCUGACGCUGAACGUGAAGAGUGAUAAAGUCUACACCCGGCAUGGGGUUCCCAUCUCGGUCACUGGUAUUGCCCAGAUGAAGAUCCAGGGGCAGAACAAGCAGAUGCUGGCCGCAGCCUGUCAGAUGUUCAUGGGGAAGUCGGAGGGCGAGAUCGCCCAAAUCGCCCUGGAGACGCUGGAGGGUCACCAGAGGGCCAUUAUUGCCCACCUGACUGUGGAGGAGAUCUAUAGGGACCGCAAGAAGUUCUCGGAGGAGGUGUUCAAGGUGGCCUCGUCUGACCUGGUCAACAUGGGCAUCAGCGUGGUCAGCUACACGCUCAAAGACGUUCACGAUGACCAGGACUACCUCCACUCCCUGGGGAAGUCCAGGACCGCCCAGGUGCAGAAAGACGCCCGCAUCGGAGAGGCCCAGUUCAAGAGGGAUGCUGUGAUCAGGGAGGCCCAUGCCAUGCAGGAGAAGAUCUCAGCCCAGUAUGUAAAUGAGAUCCAGAUGGCCAAGGCUCAGAGGGACUAUGAGCUGAAGAAAGCAUCCUAUGACAUCGAAGUCAACACCAAGAAGGCGGAGUCCGAGAUGGCCUACCAGCUGCAGGUGGCCAAGACCAAGCAGCGCAUCGAGGAGGAGAAGAUGCAGGUGAAGGUGGUGGAGCGCUCUCAGCAGAUCAUGCUCCAGGAGCAGGAGAUCACCCGCAGGGAGAAGGAGCUGGAGGCCAAGGUCAAGAAGCCCGCUGAGGCCGAGAGAUACCGCCUGGAGAAGCUUGCCGAGGCCCAGCGUGCACAGCUCAUCAUGGAGGCAGAGGCUGAAGCAGAGUCCAUUAGGAUUAAGGGAGAUGCGGAGGCCUUUGCUGUGGAGGCGAAGGGGAGAGCCGAGGCGGAGCAGAUGGCCAAGAAGGCCGAAGCCUUCCAGCAGUACAAGGAGGGAGCCAUGGUGGACAUGCUGCUGGAGCAACUACCACUCAUGGCGGAAGAGAUCAGCAGGCCUCUGGCGCAGGCUCACAAGAUCACCAUGAUAUCCAGCGGUGGCGGCGAGGUGGGCGCGGCCCAGCUCACAGGGGAGGUGCUAGACAUCAUGACCCGCCUACCAGCGGCGGUGGAGAAACUGACCGGAAUCAACAUCUCGCAGGUGGCGACUCGUGUGGGCUGAGGAGAGGCUCCGGGUGCUCAGGUAGACCUAUCAUCAUACCCCUGCCUGGCUGUAGUGUCUGCGUAUGUGUCUACUGUCACAGCCUUACCUUCUCUCCUCAAGUACGUUAUGCCAACGACCUAUCUGUUUCUAUGAUCAACCCUUUCUAUCGAUCCCCUCUUCUUUCCAUGUGUCUUAGUGCCCCUUUUCUCUGCCUGUCUCACCUUUCACCUCUAACCCGUUUUCUAUUUGGCCCUGGAUUCCUCCUCCUAACUGCCUGUGUCCACUGCCUUGCUGCCAAGCCCUAAGUGCAUCUUAACUGGCGAGUUCAAUGCAAGCGCGCAAUCAACUCGUCCAUCCAGUAUUGUCAUUCUCAGCGCUCGGUCUUACUCAUCAGAAGAAAAGGGGACCUGACCAAAUCCAUGUUUCAGUCUUUCAUUGUUUUUAAUGUUACUGGUUGUCGUUUUAGUCUGACAAAAUGUAAUUGGUUAAGAGAAAAUGUCAUGGCUCUGUGGGCACUAAGUUUGAGUAACAAUGAAUGUAAAAAAUGUUCACCAUUCAAAGUAUCCAAUAUUCUAAUCUAUACCUGCAAAGGCUCUUUGGUGGGAAAAGUAGUCUGAAUAGGCCAGUCAACUUGUUUCUCAAUAUAUUAUUAUUUUCUAUGGAUUUCUAUCUGUGAAAUGUGUGCUUUCCCAUUGAUGUGUGUCUACAGUCACUGUUACGACACGUAACGUGCGUGUUUUUUGAUGUUGUUUUCGCUGUACUUUCUCACACUGAAUUAUCCUAUUUAAUCAAUAUUCGUUAGAAAGGACCUUCUAGUCAAGCAGAUUAUGUAGCAGUUCUCACAAAUGUGACUUGCAUUACUUUUGUCCAGAGUGCUAGGGGACUGGUUUACUGCUCUGUUAUAGCUGUCAAAAAGUAAUAUGACCUUAUACUCUUGGAAUUAUUGCACUUCUGCCUAACGCUACGUACUGUAAUGUCAAGCUGUACUAUUUAUGUUAAUUGAUAUGUACUGUUAGCAUUGAAGCUACAUUAUUCUUAAUGUGGUCCUCAGAUCAACGGAAAUAGUAGCUGUGAUAAAUGAAUAAUAAAGGGAGUGAUUUUCAGUUAGAAAAAUGUUGAUUGUCGUCAGAAGUAGAAAGAGAGGAGGUGUCAUGUAAGAAGAAGAAAGCAUCUCUUUUUGGGAACCUUUUGAAGCCCAAACUAAAGCUAGCUGUGUCGUAUUGUACUACUAAUAGAAAUAACUACUAAUGGACAUAACAGCAUGAUAUACAAGCAUUUAGUACAUGGCACAUACAGAAUAUACAUCCAUUGUUGCCCUCAGAACAGCCUAAUUUCAUUGGGGCAUGAACUCCACAAGUUGUUGAAAGCGUUCCACAGGGAUGCUGGCCCAUGUUGACUCCAGUGUUUACCACAGUUGUGUCAAGUUGGCUGGUGGACCAUUCUUGAUACACACGGGAAACUGUUGAGUGUGAAAAACCCAGCAGCG